GGCUGCAUUCGGGCUCUGGUCGAUACCCGGCCCUGCGUCCCUCCUGGGAACAUUUCUUGGCCUUCGGCUCCGCGCACUGCGGGAGCAGCGGCUGCAACUACUUCCUGUGCAGGGAAUACCCUGUGAGGGUCGCAGGUAGCCCACCCUUGCCGCGGGCCUUUGGACUGGUCCCUAGCGCGCAGUGUUUGGAGUGGAAGAGGAAAGAGCCGGCCUAGCUAGCCUUCUGCUCCUCAAACACUUGGGAUCCCCGUUUUGAAUUUGAUAUUCGCUCAUUUGUUGUGUGUAAUGACACAAUAUCCUGAAACCAUGGAAGACUGUGUGCCCGCCGAAAGUCUGAGACAAGUUUAAGGAGAGAGAGAUCUUCCCUCUUCCACUCAGAGCAGAAAAUGAACAAAUCCCAGGAGCAAGUGUCAUUCAGGGAUGUUUGUGUGGAUUUCACCAAGGAGGAGUGGUUUCUGCUGGACCCUGCUCAGAAAGUGCUUUACAGAGAUGUGACCCUGGAGAACUAUAGCAACUUUGUCUCAGUAGGGUAUUGUGUUACUAAACCAGAUGUGAUCUUCAAAAUAGAGCAAGGAGAAGAGCCAUGGAUACAAGAAAAUGGAUUCCCAUGUCACCCAGAAAGGAAAUGGAAAGUGGAUGGCCUAUUGGAGAGCAUCCAGGAAGAUCAAGGUGACCAUUUGUGGCCGCUCAUGCUCACCAACAAGCUCAUGCAUGUAGACAGUGGCGGUAACCCAAGAAAAACCUCCACCCUAGAAAUGGACCCUGUUUCUUCAACAAGUUUUCUGCUCAAAAUAUGUGACUCAUGUGAAAUGAAUUUAAAGAAUAUUUCAGGUGUCAUUAUUAGUAAAAAGAACUAUUCCAGAAAGAAACUUGAUGAGUUUAAUAUAGGUGAGAAACCACUCCUUAAAAUUGGGCAUGAGAAAAUCCCCAUAGGAGCAAAGUCGUAUAAAUACAAUGAGAAAAGGGGUGGCCUCAGCCUUUGCCAGGGUCUCACACGGCCAGUUUCUGGUCAGCCUUUUGAGUGUCACGAAAACGGACAAGGCUUCGGUGAGGAAGUGGCACUGUGCCCGAGUCAGCUCUCUCAGCCAGGGCAGACGCUCUGUAAACACACUGACUGCGGAAGAACGUUCUUCGACAGUUUGAAGCUCAGUGUGUCGCAGAAAACUCACCUGCGUAUGGAGCCGCACGAAUGCAGCAUUUGUAGAAAGUCCCUUCAUGUGGAUUUGCAGUUUGGACAUGAGGGAGCUCUUCCCCGGAGCAGUCCUUGUGAGCGGAACACCUAUGACAAAAUCUUCUGCGAUGGCUCAGCUUUCAUUGUUCACCAGGGAGCUUACUCAAGACAGAGUGCCCAGGAGUAUAAAGUGAGAAACAAAGGGUGGGCAAAGUCAGCUCUCUUUAAACACCAGCUAGUCCAGAUGGGGGCGAAGCCCUAUCAGUACCAUGAAAACGGGAAACUUUUCAGCAAGAAAAUGCAUCCCACCCAGUCUCGAAGAGCUCACUUGGGAGAAAAAACCUUUGAAUGUGGUGAGUGUGGUAAAAUGUUUUGGGAGAAAUCAAACCUCACCCAGCACCAGAGAACACACACUGGAGAGAAACCAUACGAAUGUACCGAAUGUGGGAAAGCCUUUUGCCAAAAACCACACCUUACCAACCACCAGCGAACACAUACGGGAGAGAAACCCUACGAAUGUAAGCAAUGUGGGAAGACAUUCUGUGUCAAAUCAAACCUCACUGAACAUCAAAGAACACAUACAGGGGAGAAGCCCUAUGAAUGUAAUGCAUGUAGGAAAUCCUUCUGCCACAGGUCCGCCCUCACCGUUCAUCAGAGAACACAUACAGGAGAGAAACCGUUUAUAUGCGGCGAAUGUGGGAAGUCCUUUUGUGUGAAGUCAAACCUGAUUGUACAUCAAAGAACUCACACAGGGGAGAAGCCCUACAAAUGUAACGUGUGUGGGAAAACGUUCUGUGAAAAGUCAGCUCUCACUAAACACCAGAGAACUCACACGGGGGAGAAGCCCUACGAGUGUAACGUGUGUGGGAAGACCUUCAGUCAGAGGUCGGUGCUCACCAAGCAUCAGAGAAUUCACUCCAGGGUGAAGGCUCUUGCAGCCUCCUAGAUGGCCACCUUCCUUAUGCCUGUUAAGUUGGUUGUACGGUUUGAAAAGUGAGCUUAGAGCCUGCCAAAGAAUACCAGACUCCUAGAAAAUGCCAUUUUGUUGAAAUACAUGAAAGCUUUCAAGAAAAUACAAACUUUCAUUAGAAGAUUGUUUUAAAGGGAAAUCAUUCAUAUAAACAUAUGAUUAAAAAAUCUAUAAAGUUUAAAUUGUGUAAUGUCUUCCAAAUGCGUUUCAAAAUUGUAUUUUAAAUAUAAUGGGUAAUAUUAAUUUUACUUGUAUUCAUAGGAGAGUAUGAAACUUAAAGUGAGUGACAGUAGCAUUAAGCAUGUAUGUAAAGAACAUCUGAUGUUUAUAGACCUUGUGUGCAUAUGCUAAUGUAAUAUUUAUGUACUUUAGGAAGUGCUUGAUCUGUGUAUUAGAACCCAGUAAAGAUGUGAGGAAAAAUUGAACCCUUAGUGUAAUAGCUAUUAUGGUAUACUUUCAAUACUAAGUACCACCAGUGUCUUUUUAGGUUGAUAAGAUUAUGUAUGUUUAUGGACAUGUGUGUGAAUGUGGAUCUACAUGUAUGCAUAUGUAAAUAUAUUUAUAUGCAUGUACACAAAUGGAGAUGUCAUAAAGGCAGCUCAUACCAACUUAAAAGUGCUAAUAAUUGUUAAAACUUCAAGAAUUGUGUGAAUCAAUUGCUUAAAGUUACACGAAGUUGCAGUUAAAUUAUAUUGACAGCAAAGGAAAUAAACAGCCCUCGUCAUUCCUGAUAAUUUGAUAUCUUUCCCUGUUAACCUUUGCUGCAUGACAUUGGCCUCCGUGCGGAGAGUGUUGCAGAGUGAGGCUACUGCUGCUGUCUCUCCAGACUCCACCAUAUCCAUCCCUACUCUCAUGUUGGUAGCUUGGCCUUCAAAACUGACAAAGCAUGUGUCAGGGUAUGGAUUUCCUCAGAGAAGCUGUGUGCAUGUGAGCUAUAUGGCAGACUUAAAGUAUAAAUCACCCAUCCUUCUUUCUAGUUCCUAAAAAAUAAAUAAAUAAAUAAAUAAAUAAAUAAAUAGAAAUGGCUAUAGCCAUCAUUACCAAACUGCCUCUAUAGUAAAGAAGCCGAAAGAUGGUUUAUUGAGCCUUUUAAUUACCUCAGAAUUGUCUAGUUCUAAAUACUAGCAUUCUCUUGUUAGUUUGGCCAGUAUAUGUUUCGAAUGGCAUUGUUUAACACACACACAAAACAUUGUCACAUACUUUUCACUAUUUUUGACCAUGAGUAGGUGUGAUCAUUAUUACCAAACUACCCAUUUGGUGAAAAAGAAUAAAGCAGUAUAUUUCUGAGGGUUUUUCUUAGCUACCUCUGUGUCAACCAUAUAAAUGCUGUUAGUAAAAAUGGCAUGUAUUUACAUGACUUAACAUGAGUUGUAAAUGGUAAUGCUGCGCUCUAAAAAUGAAAUAUGGUAGUGUAUAAUAAAAUGCUCAUUUUUUAACCCUUGGUAUUUCAUUGUGUAUCUGUUUAGGCAUGGUUACAUGUAACCAUACUUCUGUGUAAUUCAGUAAUAUAUAUCUGUAUAUAGAACUAUAGACUCCUUCGUAGUGGCUCCACCUCCUUUGUGCUAUUUCCAAUACCUCCUAGAAACACACUGAUCAGUAGUUUUAAGAGAUGCUCUGGUCACUUCUUUGCUGAGCUGAGUUUUGUCUCUUUUUCCUCCGCCCAAAGAUGUUUUGGGAAAUAAGUUGAGAUUAGUCAAAGCUAGUCAUGGCAGCUCCAUUCUGACAAGUUUUUGAAGUUAGGGAAUGCUGUGUAAUACUGGAAUAGAUCUCAGUGAUGAAAUUGUCCUAACAUGAGAUGACAUUAAGAGACACGAAAAGAUAUUAUACCUGCUGGAUGCGUUUACUUAGACCGUAUAUGAUAUUGGCAUAUAGUCUGUGGUCUGGAAGGGCAGUGACCCAACGAUGGCAAUGCACACAGUGCAAAAAGCUGACCCAGGUAUGACGUCACUGAGCUGUUUAGUCCUCUACACCACUUCUUUCUGGGACUUUGUAUUAUUUUCAACAAUACCUGUUACUUGUUUAUUAUUAGGACUGUCUGACACAUAGAGUUGAAGCCAUUCCAGUUAAUAACAGAGAUCACUUUUUCAAGUGCUAACAUUUUAUAUAGUGGUUUGUGGGGGGAAAGUCCUUUUAACAGUUUGCUGCAUGGAUGGAUGGAUGCUUUGUAAAGCCACAGUUCUUUCUGGGGGAAAAUAGAAUGCCGCAAAUAAAGAGACAUUACUGGUAGACUAACUCUAGUAAUGUUGUCCAGGAGCAAGGGAUGUUGAAACACACAGAAACUAGUGCAUACAGGUUGCCAUUUUCCUUCUGACAAGGAUGUAAACUGGAUUAGCAUAUUCCAGUUCAAGCUAAUGUCGUUGAGGAGAUACUGUCACUACCAAAAUUAUAGCCCAAAUUGCUAGUACCUUAUUUUGAAGAACCCAACUAGAUGCAACUGCAUGUGAGCCCAGAGAAGGUGGAGAGAUAGUCCAGGUUCCAAAAAUACAGAAUAAGCAGUGUAGUGGUUUUCAUUUCUGUAAAC